AUGCCUUUUGGAGAGAUGACCAUCACGCUCCACGACGUUGCAGUGUUGCUUGCGAUUCCAGUCGGUGGAGAUAUGGUUGUAGGGAAUGAGAGUUUGAAAGCACAGUUAUGUGAGAUGCUGAGAGUCGAACAAUUGAAUGAACGAUCCAAGCCUUCGCUUAUGAGUGGGGGUUUGGUGUGUGUUGAAGCUAUGCAGCAGGUUGGGUGGUUUCGAGAAAGAGAUUCUAAGAAGUUGGGGACACGUGGAUUGGUGUGCGGGGAACCUUUUGCUAAGAAGUGGGAGGGGUGA